UGUUACCAUGUUUCUAAUAGUAAUAAACAACCCGAUAUGAUGAAAUCAUGUUGUCAUUGACGUUUACAUUGGUGAAAUUGGUAAUGUUUUCAUCGAAUACAAUAACGAUGUUUCUGGCACCAUUUAAUAGCCAGGAAGGUCGGGUUUUUACACAUCCUUCCUGAUUAAACCAAAUCGCUAUGCAAAUUAAGCAUUCUGUUUAUUGUCAAUUCAGUCACGCGUUAAAUCUACAGCCAUAUUGACAUACUUCGGUAACACCAUGCUGUAGAAAGAAAGUCCGUAUAAAUCAGCCAGUAUAUUCAAAACUUCAAGACGAUGGCAAGUGGAACUAGUCAGACACAGCCUUACAUGGAUAAAGUACCAGAAUUAAGAAAGAAAUUCUUGGAUAACCAUUAUUCUUCGGACAAGAACCAUUUUGAUGCACGGGAUAUUUCUCGAGUAAAGACAGAUGACUACUUUGUGGUACAGUUUAUAAAUCCAAAGCAAGGCAAUAUCGAAAAAGCACACAAAUUAAUGACCGACGCACUAAAGUGGAGGAAGUCAUUUGGAAUUAAUGAUUUAACAGAAAAGGACAUUCCAGAAGAAAUCCUUCGCUCUGGUGUUAUGUAUGUCCAUGGAAAGGACAAAACCGGCGCUCUGACGGUAUUUCAUCGACUUAAACACUACACAUACAAAGGAAAUAAAGAAAUGCAAUUAGGGUAUCAAAGGAUGGCCGCGUUAAGAUAUGAACAAUACCAACGCGAAAACCCAGGAGGGAAGAUAACUAAUGUUACUUCAUGCGAAGAUGUAAAGCUGUUGCAAGUUGAUAUGGACACUAAUAAAUUGAUGAUCAACAGUCUAACAACUUACUAUCCAGACAUAUUAGAGCAUAUGUAUAUCUUGCACUACACCAAGGUUUUUGAGGCUCUUUGGAAAAUUACCAAGGUUUUACUAGGACCGAUUGCAAAGAAAUUUGCGUUCAUAUCCAAUGAAGAAUUAACUACCUACAUCGAUAAAGAAAAUUUGCCUGUAGAAUUUGGUGGACCUUCAUACGUUUAUGAAUAUCAUCCGGAAGAAUGAAAUUUAACUUGUAACUGCCGUGAACACAAAAAGCAGGCUGGUAUAAUUUAUAUGCAGUCUUCUUCAGCAAGUACACUGGAUUAAGGGAUAUGCCGCUGCAUGACAAC